CUCUCUCUCUCUCUCUCUCUCUCUCUCUCUCUCUCGGCGCGAGCUAAUAGACUGAUACCAAAGUCAAAGAAAAUCGAAUGAAUUGAGAUAUACCUUCUGAGCUCAUCAUACAUUUUCUGCAAUUCGUCAGGAUUGAAAUCCAAAGGAAGGCAACAUAGAUUUGAACUAGAGUUGUUCUUCCCAUCAUAUCAUCUAUUUGUUUUGGGAUUAUGGUUCAUGUCUUUGUUCCUGGCAUUUUCAGAAUCAUCUUCAAUUCGAAAACUGUAGAGUAGCAGAGAGUCAGAGACACUUGAAUCAUUUUAUUUGGUUUAUUUUCAGGAUGCAGCGAGCAUAAGCACGCAUUGCUUCUAUUUCAAGUGUAUACUUAGGAUGUUGAUUGGUGUUAUGCAAUUUCUUAUCAUCUGCUAGAUUCAUUAAUGGCAAGCACUUCGGGCCAAGAGUUCAAUUCAAACCGAACCUAUAGGAGUUGGUUAGCUGAAACAUUUGAUGGUCAUGAAACAGCAGAAGAUGACCUAUUAGCUUAUCCAAAUGGGCACAAUGAUAACAUGGAACCAUGUAUCGGCAAUUUACCCACAAGUUUGGAACCUUUAGAACCAUAUGUUGGCAUGGAGUUUGAAUCAGCAGAAGAUGCUAGGGCAUUCUAUGAGAUGUAUGGACGACAUCUGGGCUUUACUAUACGGAAUAAUCGGACACGUCGAUCACUUAAAGACAGCUCAAUAAUAGGCCGGGAGUUUGUUUGUUCAAAAGAAGGUUUCCGAAAAAGAGAAAAAAGAAUUAUUCCAUCACGGCCUGCUACUAGAGAGGGAUGCAAUGCGUUGUUGAGGAUAGCUGCAAAAGAUGGAGGAAAGUGGGUCAUAUAUGGUUUUGUCAAAGAGCAUAAUCAUGAACUCAAUCCUAGCAAAGUACCACCCCGACGAUCACACAGGGUUGCAUUCAGUGAGGACGAGAAAGAUCUUAAGAUCCGGGAACUAUCCACGGAGCUACAUCGCGAGAGAAAAAGAUCUGCUGCUUAUCAAGAACAGCUGCAGAUGGUUUUGAAAUAUGUUGAGGAACACACUCAGCGGCUAUCGUUGAAUGUACAAGCAGUUUUGAACCAAGUGAGACAAAUUGAAUCUGAAGUGCUAGAUGAUUUAGACUCCGACUAAAUUUAGUAUCCUUUCGAACCAUUUUUCUCUUUCUCCGUUAUGCAUAACUGAGUACACUUAUAAUAGUCACUUUGUGCAGUGUUCGUCAUAACAACAUCGAAAAUUUCUUGCAAAUCAUUUUCUGUGUUGCGUAACCCAAAUCUUGGGUUGAACUUUUCUAUUUAAUCAGGUAAUUCAUAGGAGAAAAUCAAGUUCUUUGCUCCCGAGAUUCACUGAAGGUGACCUUGUGCAUCCAUAAGGUUGGAAAUGUUACAUUCUCAUAAUCUUUCGAAUUUCGCCUAAGCUGACUAGGACACGCAGUUACGUUUGGUUUACGCGAGAGCAUGCACAAAUAGAGAUGACCUACUCAUGCAACCAUUUCACUAGAGAUAGACCAUUUCCUCAGCCUCAUGAUGUCACAGAAGUAACAACUGCCAAUGAAUUGAGACUAUUUUUCCCAGAGAAAAUAGCAAAACCCACAGAAUACAGUGUGAUGAGUGACUGCACUGAGGCAAGAGGCCUUUGUCCAAUAACAUUAGGGGUGCUCUUAGGUGCUAGGGUUAAGGAGGUUAGACUAAAUUCAUAGAAUACAGUGUGAUGAGUGAUUGCACUGUACCAAGAGACCUUUGGUCCAAAGGCAUCAGAGGUGCCCUUAGGUGUUAGGAGUCAGGAGGUCAGGUUAAACUCUAAGAUGCUAAUUUAAUUAUUCUAACAAUACUUGUGAAAAGUGGAAAAAAAGAAGAAGAAGAAGUAAUUGCACUGCAUGCUUUUUUAAUUUUAUGACUCAGUCUCCCAUUGUUUGACGAAAACCGCCAAGUCCGAUUGAUUGGUUGAUUUUCAGAUGUGAUGUUUGAACAAUUGACUCCGUAAAAAUAAUAUAAUUUUUGCAAUAAUGACAUUGAUUUUUUCAAGUUUUUUUUUUGUUGGUAAUCAUAUUUUUUGACCUGAUCGCCAGGAAACAAUCUUUGAAGACAAAACCAGGUCAAUGAUAAUCUCAGAGGCAGACCCAAAGAGAUUUAACCCAAUAUUAUAGAUUAAAGACAAAACUAGGUCAAUGUCAAUGAUAAUCUCCGGCCCAAAUAGAUUUAACCCAAUAUUUUAGAUUUAUAUUAUCAAUUCACGAGUUCUCUUUUGGCCAAUACCAAUGCCACAUACCCACAACAAAUAUAAUAAACAGAAAUAACAUAUAUACAAGCAAACGAAUAAAAUUAAUCGGAAAUCGGCAUAACCAAUUCUUUCACGUGACGCGUGGGCUCCACCAAAAAUGUUCCAAAAUCGUAACAUUUUUUUAUCACUGUGUAGCGGCGCCGCAAGACAACUAAGUAAUUACCCGGAGCAACAUGCUUUUAUUUUGUGAUCAACUCAAUGCAUCAAAUCCACCACCACCGCCUCUCAUCAUUUCCUUGAACUCAUCGAAACUAACCAUCCCAUCCCCAUCUCCAUCCACCUUCAUGAUCAUCCUCCGGCAGUCCUCCACCGCCCUCCGUUCCAACCCCAACGCGGCCAUCACCGACUCCAACUCCUCCGCCGCGAUAAACCCGUCUCCAUUCUUAUCGAACACGUCAAAAGCCUCCCUCACGUCCUCCUCUCCCUCGUCCCGCCCGUCCAUUAUUGAGUUAUAAAGCGCCCCGAACUCCUCAUAAUCAACGCACCCGUCUCCGUUCUCGUCCACCCUUUCGAUCAUCUGAGUCAAGUCUUGAUCCGAGAUGAAAAUACCCAUGUUCUCUAACGAGCCGUUGAGUUCUUCCCUAGUGAUCUUCUGGUCUCCGUUCUUGUCGAACAUUUGGAAAACCCGUCGGAGCUCGCCUGAGUCCAUUCUCCGAAGGGUUUGUGCCGCCGAGGGCUGUGGUAGUGGAGGAGGAGGAACGGUGGUUUUGUUGGUUGUGGUUGUGGUGGGUGUUUGUUGGUGGUACCAAGAAGUGGGGAGGUAUGUUCUGAGUUUCUUGGGGAUGAAGUACAGAAGCGCUGUGUUCAGUAGGUUGUAAAGAAGGAAAAUCCUAACCACGAUGGAUGGCAUCGUUGCUUUGUUAGUAUAAAAAUUGGAGAGAGAGAGAGAGAGAGAGAGAGAGAGAGAGAGGUGGGAU